AUGAGUAUUUUAAAUGUGUGCGUGAUUGGACAUUCUUACAUCAGAAGAUUAAGAGAUUAUUGUAUGCAGACAGAAACAGACAAUCUAAAUUUGGACCCUGAAGUGUUUAAAGUAUCAUUUAGAGGAAAAGGCGGUUUGAGAUUAAGCAAUCGUGUCUUCAGGGCGGAGAUUCUACAUUUUGACUCAAUUCCCGAUGUGGUGUUUUUACAGAUUGGUGAAAAUGAUAUCGGUGAAAAUACAAACAGUGAGAAAUUAGCUAGGGAUAUUAUAUCUGUGGGACAGUAUUUAAGAGAUGGUGUUGGAGUAAAGGUAGUGAUAAUAGGCCAGUUAAUUCGCCGAAUGCAGUUUGCAUCAUGCCAAAAUUUUAACGUCUUUGUGGUUCAGACUAAUGAACAUUUGAAACGUUUUGCUGAGCCACUUGGUGGAAUUUAUUUCUGGGGACAUCGGGGGUUUUGGAAGGACUUUCAUUAUUUAGGCCCGGAUGGUGUCCAUCUGCUGUGUACCCCUGCCGAGGACCAGCCCAUGAGGAAGUUUCGCCGCAGCAUUAGGAAUGCGGUGAUCCUGCACUCAAAAGUUUUGAGGGCAGUAUGA